UCUCGAGUUAAAUCGGUCUUCGUUGACUUGGUCGUUCCUCCUCACUCCAUCGCAUCUAGCAAGCUAGCUAGAUAACUAGGAGAGCUUAGUGUGGGAGACUCAAAGUGGAUAAGGGGGAAAUAGGCUGAGGGAAAAUGGCGGACGUCGAGGGAGAGGGAAUUCAUUCGGCGGCUCCUCUGUUAGUUCAGCCAUCCUCUCGUAACGGCUCCGGUGUCAGCCCAACGCAGGACACCAGCAGUUGCCAAACGGUGACUACCGUUACUUCAGGCCCGCGACUGGUGCGGAUAGUCAAGUCUGAUUCGGGAUAUGGCUUCAAUGUCCGGGGACAGGUUAGCGAAGGAGGGCAACUACGGAGCAUCAACGGGGAAUUGUAUGCCCCGCUACAGCACGUCAGUGCCGUUUUACCGGGAGGUGCAGCAGACAGAGCCGGUAUCUCGAAAGGGGACCGGAUUCUGGAAGUUAAUAGUGUAAACGUGGAGGGGGCGACCCAUAAGCAGGUGGUGGAUCUGAUCCGUGCGGGGGAGAGGGAGCUGAUGCUGGCCGUGCUGUCUGUACCUCCCCAGGAGGCUGACUGUCUGGACCCCGGAGACGACGGCUCAGCCCAGUCCUGCUACGACUACAGCGACAAACAGGCCGUCCCCAUCUCCGUCCCCACAUACAAACACACUGAACUCAACCAGGAGAGGUUUGUGGUGUAUAAUGUGUACAUGGCAGGCAGACAGCUGUGCUCUAAAAGGUACAGGGAGUUUGCUAUCCUCAACCAGAACCUGAAGAGAGAGUUUGCCAACUACACCUUCCCCAAAAUACCUGGCAAAUGGCCCUUCUCCCUAUCUGAACAACAACUAGACGCUCGACGCAGGGGACUGGAGGAAUACCUGGAGAAAGUGUGUUCAGUGAGGGUGAUUGGGGAGAGUGACGUGAUGCAGGAGUUUCUGUCUGAGUCUGAUGAGAACUAUAACGGAGUAUCAGAUGUGGAGUUGAGGAUAGCCUUGCCUGAUAAAACUGCCGUCACAGUCAGAGUCCGAAAGAACUGUACUACUGACCAGGUCUACCAGGCUGUGGUCAUGAAAGUAGGAAUGGACAGCAUAACGGCCAGCUACUUUGCUCUGUUUGAGGUCAUCAACCACUCCUUUGUGCGUAAGCUGGCUCCUAAUGAGUUCCCCCACAAGCUGUAUGUUCAGAACUAUACGUCUGCUGUCCCUGGGACCUGCCUCACCCUCCGCAAGUGGCUCUUCACCACCGAGGAGGAGAUCCUGCUCAAUGACAACCACCUGGCGGUCAGCUACUGCUUCCACCAGGCGGUGGAUGAUGUGAAGAAGGGAUUUAUCAAGGCAGAGGAGAAGUCCUACCAGCUCCAGAAACUAGCAGAACAGAAGAAGAUGGCCAUGGUUAGUCUCUCUCUCUCCCUCUCUGCCACUUACUACAUCAACUGUGGGUCCUAUGACCACUACAACUGCAGCACCUACUACAAUUACAACUGCAGCUCCUAUGACAACCACACAUGCAGCUCCUACUACAACAUCUGUAGCUUCUAUACCCACUACAACAGCAGCACCUACAAUGACAACUCCAGCUCCAACGACAACCAAAACUGCAGCUCCUACUACACAAAUGGAAGCUGCUAUGACAUCCACAGCUGCAGCUCCUAUGACAAACACAGCUGUAGCUCCUAUGACAACCACAGCUGCAGCUCCCACGACAACCCCAAAUGCAGAUCCUACAUCAACCACAACUGCAGCACCUACAAUAACAACUGUAGCUCCUAUGACAACCAAAACAGCAGCUCUUUCAACAACCACAACAGUAGCUCCUACAACAACCAGUGCAGCUUCUUCAACAAACACAUAUCUGAAGAUAACAACUGCAGCUUCUACAGCAACAAACACAGCUCCUACUACGACAACCACAAUUGCUGCUCUGAUUACAACAGCCGUAGUUCCUACAUCCACUACAACUGCAGCAACUACAACGACCACUACAAAGGCAUCUACUUCAACAACCACAACUCUAGCUUCUACACCAACCACAACAGUGGCUCCUGCGACAACCACAACAGUGGGCUCCUACAACAACCACAACAGUAG